AGCCCUCUUCGUCACUUCCUCUCAAGCGCCCUGGUCUCUAGGAAAGGUGGCGGCUCGACUUCAAGAUGCGCAUAGAGAAGUGUUAUUUCUGUUCCGGCCCGGUUUACCCGGGGCACGGCAUGAUGUUUGUCCGCAACGACUGUAAGGUUUUCAGAUUUUGCAAAUCUAAAUGCCACAAAAACUUUAAAAAGAAGCGCAAUCCUCGUAAGGUCAGAUGGACUAAAGCCUUCCGAAAGGCAGCUGGCAAAGAACUUACAGUGGAUAAUUCAUUUGAAUUUGAAAAACGUAGAAAUGAGCCUGUCAAAUACCAGAGAGAACUAUGGAAUAAGACAGUUGAUGCCAUGAAGAGAGUAGAAGAGAUCAAACAAAAACGUCAAGCUAAAUUUAUAAUGAACAGGUUAAAGAAGAGCAAAGAACUACAGAAAGUCCAGGCCAUCAAUGAAGUCAAACAAAACAUCCACCUUAUCCGAGCACCUCUUGCAGGCAAAGGAAAACAGUUGGAAGAAAAAAUGGUGCUCAAAUUACAACAGGAUGUGGACAUGGAAGAUGGUUCUUAGAAAUCUUAAUGUUCUGCAAACUUCACUUUGUAUCUCUCAAAAAUAUUUUUCAGAACCUUGGAACUCUUGUGCAUCAUUGAUUUAUUUUUCACAUUAGUUCAGUAAAAUCAGAGAACAUUUAAAAGACAUUUCUUCCACAUUGUUGUCUGUAAACUAUCAAAUUAUGGGGAGUGUGUAUUUCAAGGUCAAAGAUACAUUGAAUGGGUGCUCUUUUGUAAGUCAUGAUCAUGCUAUUUGUAAUUACAGAAGUGCAUAGAAACAAUAUGGUUGUAUCAUUUGGAUAAUGACUUCCAACAUUUAUCUAAUGCCAUAAUUACAUUGUACUUUAAGGUCACUGAUGUAUAAAAUAAAACAUUUCUUUUAAUGUC